AUGCCGUUCAUCGACAUCGCAUUCGCAGCUGAGAUCAGCAGGUUUGAAGACCCGGAGUUUGAGGAGGUAGCUCGACGGAACUGCAAUGAGGAUCCUUACAAAAGACAGUCGCAAAUCGAAGAGCUUAGGAGUAUGGUCUAUGAGCGAGGCAUGUGUAAUCCUCGCCGAAUGGAUGACGCCUACCUUCUUCGCUUCCUUCGGUGUAGGAGAUUUAUACCGGCGCUUGCGCAUAAAUUGAUGGUCCGAUAUGAAGACUUUAGACGUAAAAACGCAUACUUGUAUGACUGCAGUGCAUUCGGCUUGCAGAAAGUGAAGAAUGUGUAUGCAGGCACAUUACCCGAUAGUCCUGAAAAUGGCCGCAUCACGCUUAUGAGGUUCGGGCGCUGGGACAGCGAGGAGAUACCAAUAGAAGACGUAGUGCGAUGUGCACUAAUCAUGGAUGAAAUAGCAGCCAUGCAGCCCAGGCUACAGAUCCUCGGAGUCACUAUUAUUGUGGACCUCGAGGGUUUAGGGGUUCGGCAUGUUAGUAAGCUGACGAGGACAGUGGCUGGACAGAUUGUAGCUUUAAUGGGGGUAUCCUUCCCAAUCAACAUCCACGCGGUGCACGUGGUGAAUUACAAUUGGUUUAUCAGCACUUUCUUCAGCCUCUUCAAGCAGUUUAUACCAACUGCAGCGUGGGCCCGCCUCCACUUCCACGGCUACGACAUGACCUCCCUCCACAAGCAUAUAGACCCUGAAUACCUCCCACCAGAAUAUGGUGGACAGUGCCAGUACGUCAUUAGUACUGAGGAGUGGUUGCGGAAGAUCGAUAUAUUUAAAGAUGAUUUCAUGGUGCAAGAACUUAGAGAACUGGGGUUUAUGGUUGAAAGUGAUAAAUGUAAAUGGUUUGAUGAAUGGUAA